AUGGACGGCAUAAAAAAAAAAAGAACGGCGCUGCGAAACAAAAUUCUAGGGUACCUCCCGGUCAUCUCCUUGAGGCAUCUGCUGGGUCGGGACUUCUUUCUGUUUGAGGCCUGUUUCUCCGAUGAGUUUAUCCGGACAAAUCCUUUCAAUUGUUUUCAACACUCUCUCUUCUCUCUUCUCUCAUCUCUCAUCUUUUUUUGUUUAUUUUUCUUGGGUAAUGAUCACAGCAACCGAAGGAUGCAACUGGCACUACUCUGA